GAUACAUUGCACAUUCUUUCUACCGACAUGUGUAUUUAAUGUGUUGUUUUAAAAAAUAUAGACAUUGAUUUUCCACCUAAUUAUUAGGAAUUAUCGCGCGUGUUUUUGUUUUUAUCAAAAAAUUGAUAAUCGAUUUGUUAAUCGAUUCCUCUCUUUUUUUCCACAUCUCUCAACAACUUGUUUUUCUUUCUGCGUUGUUCUAUAUGCGCAAACCUAUCUUCAAAUAUAUGUACGUAUAAAUUUUUAAAUGUCAUUUGUUCACACAGAUGUAUAUGUCUUUAUAUUUCGCUUCACCGAUCGAUUGGGCAAUAAUAAGAGCAACGGUAAUGAAAAGUAACAAAAAGUAAUGAGAAAAACGGUUAUUUCGACACAUACGUAUAAUGUUAUCGACAAACAUUGAUCGAAGAUUAAAUUCAAUCAGUAAUUAAUGAUGAUUUUUUGCAAGGCACGCACAAUAAAUAUAAUAGAAUGAGCGAAGAAAAUAAACAAAGUAAUAAUUCUCAACGAAAUAACAUAGGUACUCACAUCAUGGUUUCGAUACUUAGUAUCGGUAUCGGUUCUGUAUUGUUUGCGUAUGUAGCAUUUGCUUCAACGAUCGGUACACAACAAACUUCUAUACAACAGAUGAUAUUUGUUUUUCGACAUGGAGAUCGUAAUCCUACGGAAACUUAUCCAAACGAUCCAUAUCGAAAUUACAAAUGGCAAGGUGGUUGGGGAGCUUUAACAAAGGAUGGCAUGCUACGAAUGUAUAACAUUGGUCAAUGGAUUCGCACUGAAUACGGCUCGAUAAUUGGCAACACAUACGAUAGUACUCUAUCUCUGACGCAGAGUAGUUAUGCGGAUCGGUGUAUAAUGUCCGCGCAAGUUUUAUUAGCAAGUUUAUAUCCACCAACCAAUGAGGAAAUUUUUGUAUCAGGUUUGACCUGGCGACCUGUCCCUGUUCAUUCGACUCCUAGACAUUUGGAUAAGAUAAUUGUAGUUAAAGCACCUUGUCCAAGAUUAGAAAAAGCUUUGAAAGAAGCAUAUGUGAACGAUUCUAAACGUCCAGAAUUUCCAUCGAGCAAAUAUUUUCAAGAACUUUCUAAUUAUACCGGGCAAAAUAUUUCAACGAUUACCGAUAUUGAAUUUUUAUACAACACUUUGGAAAUUGAAGAACGCAAUGGUUUAAAAUUACCCGAAUGGACAAUCAAAUACUAUAAUCAACAAAUGCGUGAAAUUGCAGCUCGUAGUUUAGCCCUAUUUACGAGUAAUACAUUACAACAACGACUUCGUGGAGGGCCAUUGCUUAAAGAAAUUUUGGAACGUUUGAAUGCAUUUAAUAAUAAUCAAGAUACAAGACGAGCAUAUUUUUAUUCUGCUCAUGAUAUAACUCUCGUUAAUUUGUUGAGAACCAUGGGAUUCACGGAUGAAUACUUUAAACCUGAAUAUGGAUCGACGCUUAUUUUUCAAUUGCAUGCUGGAUCAAAUUUUACAGAAGACAUGGAACUGAAGUUGAUGUAUCUAAAUGAUACAAAAGCACUUAUACCACACUAUAUGAAUAUACCUAAAUGUGGUACACCUUGUCUACUAAAAAAUUUGAUGAAAUUGUGGAAAAACGUACUUCCCGAUAACUGGGAUAAUGAAUGCUUACAUUCAUAAUUCUUUUUAAGAAUUCUUUUAACUCAUAUAAGUUGGAUACUCAUUAACUUGGAAUAAAUGUGAAUGAAUGAUA